AUGGCCACGGCCCCAGCGGACCCCGCUGCCAGCCCCGGCCCCGGCCGCAGCCCCGUCCCGCCGCUGGACCUGCACGCCGUGCCCAUGGUCGCGCUCAACUACGGCGUCCGCCGCCGCCUCGGCCUCUACCUCAACCCGCGGGCGGCCGCGGCCGCGGACUGGACGGCGCUGGCGGAGGCGCUGGGAUGCAGCUUCCUGGAGAUCCGGCGGCUGGAGGGGCUGCCCGACCCCACGGCCUCGCUGCUGGAGGAAUGGCCCGGGCGCUGCCCCGGCGGGGCCACUGUGGGGCAGCUCCUCGAUGUGCUGCGCCGCUUGGGUCGCGACGAUGUCCUGACGGACCUGGCCGGCAGCGUGGAGGAGGACUGUAAGAAAUACUUGCAGAGGAAGCAGGAAGAGGCCAACCAGCCUCUCCAAGUGCCAGCAGUGGACAGCAGUGUGCCAAAGACAUCAGAAAUGAUGGGCAUCACCAUCAGGGAUGAUCCGUACGGGAGUGGAACAGAGAUAUUUGAUGCCUUCAUCUGCUACUGUCAGAAAGACCUCCAGUUUGUCCAGGAGAUGAUCAGGGAGCUGGAGCAAACACAGUUCAAACUGAAGCUCUGUGUAUUUGAUCGGGAUGUCUUGCCAGGAACCUGUGUGUGGUCCAUCAGUGGAGAACUUAUAGAGAGGAGGUGUCGGAGGAUGGUGGUUGUCGUUUCAGAUGACUACCUGGAAAGCGACGAAUGUGAUUUCCAGACCAAAUUUGCUCUUAGUCUUUCCCCAGGUGCUCGUCACAAACGGCUGAUUCCAGUCAAGUACAAAUCCAUGAAGAACGAGUUUCCAAGUAUCUUACGGUUCAUUACGAUUUGUGACUACACCAAUCCUUGCACCAAAAAAUGGUUCUGGACAAGACUGGCAAAAUCCCUCAUGCUGCCCUGAUGCAAAGUCCUCUGAGCUGGGUGCUCUUGUAACCUGUCCUGGCUGUGCCUUCGGACCAGGGGUCCUUGACACAGGGUCUUCCACCACUUCAGAACCUGGAUCCUUGCUUGGAGCCUGUGACUGGGAACAAAGAACUCUCUCCAGCACUUCUUCACAACUCUGAGGGGAAAUAAAGCAACUCUGUGGGUGUUCCAGGUUAAGUUAGUGAGCAGCAGCAUCCAGCAUUUGUGGAGUAAGCACGUGUGCUAAAAAUACUGAAAAUACACAUUUAAAGAGUGUCUGAUACAAGAAGAUUCUGUUGUAAGAAUUAACGAGACCUCAGAGCCUCAAACUGCAGGUUUUGUCAAUGUUUUAAAAGCUACAGUAACAUCAAGGCUUGUGGGAAUUCUACCGUAUUGGAUAGGUCUAUCUCUAUUCAGGUCCCAUUUGAUUCAGUGACCUUAUACUAGCAUUUAAUAUUCCCAGAUAUUACUAAAUUUUUACUUCUCCUUCAGGAGAAAUUCAGUCUUAAAAUACAUCUUUUCAGUGACAGUCCUUAACUACACAAAGCAGGGGCUGCUGUUGCUCAUUGACUUGACCAAGGUCUGCAUCUAAGUGGGUCCAGAUCUCAAAGUCUUUCACCUUUAAAAGCCUUCCAAAACACAGCAGCUUUUGGGAUGCCUCAAAGGCACAGGGCUAAACACUGAAUAAGGAAUGUAUUAAAUUGACAUUUGGGCUGUUUAAAAUAUGGAGGUGAAUGUAAUAUUAAUAGGAAAGAGCCUAAUUUAAUUAACUGCCACAAUAAUGACCGUAUUUCUGUGACUAAAGCUCGGAGCAAUGUCAAGAUUGCUCUGCUUGUUGGACUUGGCUUUGAAUCCCGCCCGUGACUAGUGGAUCUCAUCAGUGCUCCAGGGUGGAGAUCAAGAGUUCUACCCAAAGGAAUGUUUAAAGCAAUUCAUUGGUGUAUUAAACAGAUUUACAGUAAAUAUUGACUUUUUAAAUUGGGGAAGAGAGGAAUCUUGCUUAUGUAUCUGCUUGAACUUUGCCCCUUUGUUCAUUACUUCAGCCACCGACUCAUGUUGAUUUUACAGCUUAAUGUUUUACUAGUUUACAUUUUUAAGGUUGCAUCUGGAUGUGAUUUUAUUUUUUCAAUUUUAGCUUUGUUUUAAAGCAUUACCAGGGCUGUGACAGAAAUGUGCUCCUGCCCCCUCCUUCACACUCCCUGUCAGUGAAUGAUCCCUUACCAGGGAGGGAUGCUGCCAGAUCCUGUCCAGGUGCUGCUGCUGGUUCCUCCGGGCUGACAGAAGCAGCCCUUGACCUGAACGUGGUGAAGCUCAUUCAUGCACAUCAUGUUGGCAGCAGGAACCAUUUUUGGAUAGACCUGGGAGCUGGGUGUUUCUUCUACGAAAGAAACUGCUGCCAUGGUGCCAAGGUGACAUUUGCACCUUUCUGUGUUGCUAGAACAAGUGAGAAGUCUGUGGGCAAGGGAGGAGGAAAGUUAAGUUGAUGAGGGGUUUCUGAAUAGUUUGUCUUUGUGUCCUAUUGCCCUGGGGCCUCUCCUGCAGAAGUGGAGACAGCUGCUUGCCUCGGGCUUUCUGCAUAAUGGUUAAAUGUUAAUUAUAGGAGAGCUUCAGGAGGCUGCUUGAUCCCCAGGCACUCCGGGGGCACAAUGAAUUCUCAUACUCUGGAGAGUCUGUAAACAUAAUUAUGGGUCAUUACUCGCAGGACCGAACCGGAUUCCUCCUGCCUGGAGAUCUGGAAGGGCUCUGCUGGCUCGUUCUGGGGAGCUGAGGCAGAGGAGCCUGUGCUCUGGACGCUAGAGGGAGGCCAUGGCCCACGCUGGCACCCUGCGAGGGAAUCGGGUGGGAUGGGGAGACACGGCCGGGAUGGGCCAGCAGGGCACUGACCGCUGCCUGGCAUGGAAAAAACACAAGUGGGUUCUCCUCCUCUUCCCCUUCCUCCCUCUUCUGAGCAAGGUAUACCAAAACCAGCAAGAAUUUUGGCAGCUUGAACCUCUUGCAAUGUGUUCUGAGUCCUGACGGUUUGGGACUUGGCAUGUUCCAUAUGAGGGGAAAAUAACAGUAGGAAAAAUGAUGAUGUUUGUAAUAGAUGAUUUGGUGAUUUCCCAACAGGGAAAGUGCUGGUUCUGGAAGGGAAAGCAAACAGAGGAGCUGAAUUUCUAAAUUUUUUGAGUUGCAAUAGAUAAAAGCCAUAUUCCAGUUAGUGGUGAAAGAUAUUGGAAUUGUUAUUACCCUGGUUGUGGUGCCCUGGCCCUUUCUCUCUGCUUGGCUUGGAUGCUGAGAGAAAGGGCCUCUAAAAUAAUUAUUUUGGGGUAAAGUGAGGUAAAUGCCCUAAAACAUAAAAUAUGCUUUAAAUAUGUAUCCUCUUUUAUGUAAACCCCAGAGUUUAUGCACUUUUACACUUUUAUAUCAGCCUUGUCACAAUAACUUCAAGUGUGACAUUGUGAAUUAUACAAAAUGUGGUUGUGAACCAUUUGCCCAUUUCAGUAGCAUUUGGGGUUUCCUCCCCUCUUUCAUGCCCAGUGGAAGGUCAAAAUUUUUGAACACCUUUAAAAAAGGGAUUUAUAAAAUUGUGAUGUCACAGUUUUUUUGCUAUUUUGUCUCUGUCCCUCUCUGAAAUUCUUUUUGUUGAAUCUGUUAGUCCCAAAACAUUUAUUUUUAUAUACAUACAUAUAUAUUUAUAAUAAUUUUGUGUCCUGAUACGAAGGGGGAAAGCAUCUGUCUUUAUAGGCAUUCUGAGAAUAGACAAUGUUCUUGUUUUUCUCCUCAAAAAUCCAAACUUUUGCUACUUGUGAAAACAUUUUAAAAUAAAUAAUGAAAACCCAGCAGGCUGAAUCUGCUUUGUGGGCAUCGAAGAACAAAACUGUGU